AUGUCUCCUCGAAAGAAUAGCAAUGUGACUAAAAGCUACAAGAUAAAAGUUUUACUUAAAAUAAGCUCAAUUAUUUUACCGCCAAACAUUUUCGUCAAUAAUCAAAUUGAUGCAAAGAAGAAGUAGAAGAGAAUUUUAAUUCACAAAGAUUGGGAUGUUUAAUGUUUACUUAAGAAAAGACUUUUCGAGAUUUAAAAGACUCAAUUGUAAAGGCAAAUACUAGACAUUGAAUCUUCCAAGCAGUCAUUUCUACCCAAUUUUUCGGUAUUCGGACAGAACAAUAGAACAUUACCUUCAUCCAGAAAAGAUUAUAAGAAUAAUGAUUUUAUUCAGAUCUCCCUUCUAAAGGACUUUUAGUCUGGAUUUCAUUCUAUUUCCCAAGGAGAUAGCUAGGCAUUUGAUAGCCUUUCUAAUGAAGAGGGUUAAUAAAGGCAGACUGAUUCAGUGGAGAAUAUCAACUAAGAUGAUAUCCAAUCUAGCAAUAAUUAAGAAGAUUUUAUAAAGGAUGUCUAAACAAUAUUGUACUAGAGGAUAUAAGAUAUUAGGGAGAAGGAAUCCCUUGACAAGAAGUUUGACGAGGAAAUGCAAAUGAUCAUUCAAGAUGCUCCUUAAAUUGAUGGCAAUUAGUAGGAUGAUAGCAUACCUAUGUCUCUCUAAAGAAGUCAGUAAGAUGUGGAGUAAAUUGAUGGCGCGCAGCAGAAUAUACUACUACCCUCUCCCCCAAUCGGCCAUGGGAUAGAUAACUCAUUGAAUUAGAACGAAUUAAGGAAACUCAGGUCAUAGUAAAAACCUUAUGAUGCAAGCAAUCCAUCUUAAUAGGAUUUAUUAGAUCUUCUAGAGAAGAGAACUAGAACAAGCAAUAUCUAUUAGUAAAAUCAAGAGCCCAGAUGUCAGAAUGAAAAUCAAGAGAUGACUAAUUAAUCAUAGCUAAGUAAUCCAGAGUCUAAUCAUAAGCCUGCAAAUGGAAUGCAUUCGCCACCUAAUAAAUUGUCUCAAGCUUCUAUUAACAUUGAUGAGCUUUAGGAUCAGUAUUAAGAAUGGCUUUAAAAUAUGAACUAGACAACUUAUUUGUAAUACAUUACCUGGUUCAAUGUGAACGUCAAGCAAAUCAACGUAAACUAGGAAAUAGAGAAUUUUUUCCCACCUGAACAUGAUUUUACCAUUAAGUUACCUGAGGGUGCAAAUGUAGUUGAUAGGCUCAGAGAGACUGCAGGUAGGAGAAUAGCUUAGAUUGAGAAGCUCAAAGAAAUCAAGGAGUAGGACUAAAGAGAUAACUCCCCAACAUUUCUUUAGGAAAAAGAAAGUAAAAAGAAGGAACAAGAAUUCACAGGUUUAUCUAACAGAGUUGGCGAUCAAAUAGCCAAGAGACCUGAUCAAAAAGCAAAAAAAGAUGUUAUGGAACAACUACUUGGGAAUUAGUAGUAAAAAGUUACAGUUGAUUUCUAUAGAAACCCUGGUCUAUGUUAAAGAUUUAGAGAUGUAAAAAGAAUGAAUAGGGAGAAAAGUGCUGAGAGCGAUAAUGUCAGAGAUAAUACCGUUUCAGGCAAUACUUCUGCCAAUAAGAAGAGAUUAAGGCCUGACAGUCUUGUAGAGCAAAACAGAUAAUAUGAUAAAGAUAGAUCAUACAAGAAAAUCAGGCCAAAUAAUGAGCCAGCCUAAGAUCAUGCAUUAUCCUCCGCUGAAGAUAAACCGAAGAAAUAAAGUAACAGUAGCAAGGUUAAAAGAUAGUUCUAAUGA